AUGGGUGCUACAUUAGGUAAAACGAAAUCGUCGACCACUACUGCUACAGUUAGUGAUGUCAAAAGCACAACAGCGAAUGGAGCUGAUGUUUCGACAACCACUUUCGCUCUCAAGAAACAACAAACGAAAAAACAAGUCAAAACAGAUGCUCAGAAACUAAAACCAACAAAAACCAAAUCGAAGAAGUUGUCUUCGUCAUCAAAAGAUACCAAAGCCACAAUGACUGAAGCACCAACAAAUGAAACAGUAAAUGUGAACACUUCGAAUUACGAUCAAAGUGCCGUAGCUCAUGCUCAUGGUGUAUUUUUAUCUACAGACAAGAUGUCUCAAUCAAAUGGUGAUGUGACACAAGUCAACAACGCAUUUGUUGGUGAUAAUCCAAUAGUCGAAGAUCGUGUUCGAUCGUUGACCACUGUUCACCAUGAAUCGACUGGUGAACGAGAUGAAUCUGUUGCACCGGAAAUACUUCAGUUACGUCAGGCAUGUGCUAAUUUCAAGUUCGGUGACAGUAUCGAUCAAGCUGAACCGACAUCACCCAUCGUACAGCUCGUGCCAGUCGAAGAUAACGAACGAGAGAGUGACGAGAGAACAAAAUCACCACCUCUUACAACAAAUGAAACUGUCGAGUGUGAAGUUAACAACGAAGGUGAGCAACAAACUCAACAAGAUCAGCAGCAACAGUCAAAUUAA